AUGCCCGGCGCCGAGGAGCAGGCAGCGCUGGCGGAGUCUGGGGACGAGGAGCCUGGAGACCCGAGGCUGCGGCUCCUGGGGACUUUUGUGGCUCGGAGCCUGCGUCCAGCUGCUGGCACCUGGGAGCGCUGCGCAGGCACACCCGAGGCGGGUCGGCUGCUGCAAGCCUUCCUGGAUCACCAUGUUGCCUCGGAUCCGUGGCCGCUGCUGGUGGUUCAGUCCGGGCCCGGGGGCCUGGUCGUGAGACCCGGUCUGGACGCAGGACCGGAGCCUAGCCAGGCUCGUGCCAAGGGACUUUUUUUCUUGCGCACCAGGUCCGAGCCUCCGGGAAAUCACAGCCUCCGCGGCACGGUGCUCUGCGGUGACCUGCCCGCGGUGCCACUUGAGCACCUGGCCCCGCUGCUCUCAGAGGUCAUUAUCCCUGUCUUGGCCAAUGAAAAGAACCAGGUAGACUGGCCCCACAUGGUAUGUCAAGACAUCAGGCGUCAUGCCCACUCUCUGCAGUCUGACCUUCUGGUAAUCCUUGAGCACGUGAAGGGGAGAACCUUGCUGCCUCUUCCAGUUGGCUCAGAAAAAGUAGAGUUUGUGGAUGGCCACAGCAAGCCAGUCUUGGAUUCCAUAGACAAGUCAACUGUCUAUGCCGUGGAGUCUGCAGUGAUCAAAUGGAGCCACCAAGUCCAAGUGGUACUCAAGAGGGAGUCUUCUCAGGCACUCGUCCAAGGGGAAAAUCCCACCCCCAAGGUGGAGCUGGAGUUCUGGAAGAGCAGGUGUGAGGACCUAGAACACAUUUAUAAUCAACUAAUGACAAUCAAGAUAAAGGGCAUGGCUGAAAUCCUGGACAAACUUCAGAGCAGCUACUUGCCAGCCUUCAAAGCCAUGUUCAGAGACGUUGAAGCAGCCCUGACAGAGGCCCAGGACAUCCAUGUGCACCUGUUACCACUCCAGCAACACCUGGACAUGCUGGAAAACAUGGAGUUUCCUGAGGUGAAGGGCAGGCUUCGGCCUCUGCUCCAUGUGGUCUGUCUGAUUUGGGCCACGUGCAAAUGGUACCGCUCCCCAGGGCGGCUCACUGUGCUGCUCCAGGAAAUCUGCAACCUCCUUAUCCAGCAGGCCUCUAAUUACCUCAGCCCAGAAGACCUCCUGAGAAGUGAAGUGGAAGAGAGUCAGAGAAAACUGCAAGUGGUCUCAGAUACCUUAAGUUUUUUCAAACAGGCAUUUCAGGACAGAAGGGAACAUCUCCAUACUUACUUCAAGGAGGACUCUGAAGUCAGGGCAUGGGAUUUCCAAGCAUCUCUGGUCUUUGUGCGACUGGAUGGCUUUUUGGGCAGACUGCACAUGGUGGAGGAUCUUCUGAAGACAGCCUUGGACUUCAACAAGCUGGAAAAGCUUGAGUUCAGUGGCCUCAGAGGAAACUCCCUGAGUCAGAAAGUCCAGCAAAUGCAUGAGGAAUUUGAGGAGAUGUACAAGGUCUUCUUGGACUGCUCCUAUGACUGUUUGGACCCCAAGGGCAUGGAAUUUGAAAAUGAUGUCUGUGAGUUUAAGAAGAGAGUGGAAGAUCUUGACCGGAGACUGGGGACUAUCUUAAUUCAGGCUUUUGAUGAUGUACCCGAUAUGGAGCAUGCCUUUAAGCUACUAGACAUCACAGGAACCCUCAUCGAAAGACCCCUGAUAGCACAGGAUGUGUCACACAAAUACCUGGUCCUCAUCCAAAUGUUCAACACAGAACUGGAUGCUGUGAGGGUCAUCUACAGUCAGUACAUCCAGGAGGAGGCGGAGCAUGGAUUCUCUCCAGUGCACAAGAACAUGCCCACUAUGGCCGGUGGCAUCCGCUGGGCACAGGAACUGAGACAGCGCAUUAAGGGUCCCUUCAGCAACUUCAAAAACAUACCACAUGGGUGCUUGCAAUCUGCUGAAGGAAAGAGAAUGAUACAAAAAUACGAAGAUUUGUUCUCCUUGCUAGAAGAAUAUGAGAGAAGACUUUAUGAGGACUGGUGUCAGACAGUGUCUGAGAAGUCACAGUACAGUCUCUCCCUACCACUUUUGCGUCGUGACCCCAACACAAUGCAGCUCUCUGUCAACUUUAACCCACAGCUUAUUUCAGUGUUGAAAGAAAUGAACUAUCUUCAGCCCACUGAGGUGAAACCCAUCCCCGAGACUGCAGCAGCCAUGUUCUCCUCCAGGGAAUUCUAUCGACAGCUUGUGGCCAACUUGGAGUUGAUGGCAAAUUGGUACAACAAGGUCAUAAAAAUUCUGCUGGAGGUGGAAUUUCCACUAGUGGAAGAAGAACUGCAAAAUAUUGAUCUCCGCCUGAGAGCUGCAGAGGAGACUCUGAGCUGGAAAACAGAAGGCACUUGGGAUUAUGUCAUGCAAAUAACCAAUAUCAUUCAUGACCUGGAACAAAGAAUUCAGAAGACAAAAGACAAUGUGGAUGAGAUUAAAAAUAUCAUGAAAACAUGGGUGACUCCAAUAUUUAAGAGAAAAGAUGGGAAAAAAGAAUGGCCCCUUUCUCUGGAUGAUCAGCAGGAUUACAUGGAAAAAUACUACAGUCUCAUCAGGGAAUCUGGCCUUAAGAUUCAUGCUCUCGUUCAGGAAAACCUGGUUCUGUUUGCAGCAGACCCAGCAUCCAGCAUCUGGAAGUCUUACGUGAACUAUAUUGAUUCCAUGUUGUUGGAUGGAUUCUUUCUUGCCAUUGAGUGCUCUCUCAAAUAUCUACUAGAAAACACUGAAUGCAAGCCUGGACUCACCCCAAUAUUUGAAGCACAGCUCAACCUUGUCACCCCAGAAUUAGUUUUCCACCCUUCCCUGGACUGUGGGGUGAAGGGGUGCUUAUAUGACAUUGUCCAGGGUCUCGUCACUAGCAUCUUUGCUGUGCCAUCCCUGGUGUCCCGGCUUUCCCCACAUAGUGGCUCUCCUCACUAUCAGGGUGACCUAGAGGACAUGGCUGACUUAGCCAGCCUGCGGACUGUGCUCAUGGAGAGGGUGCAGAGUAUGAUGAGCCUCUGCUGUGGCUAUCGGAAUAUGCUCAGCCAGUAUUCUUACCUGUAUGUAGAGGAUAGGAAGGAGAUCCUUGGUCAGUUUCUGCUCUUCGGGCAUGUACUCACACCUGAAGAGAUAGAAGCCCAUGCCGAAGAUGGCAUCCCAGAGAAUCCACCCCUCCUCCAUCACUUCAAAGACCAGAUAGACUCCUAUGAAAAGCUCUAUGAAGAGGUGGUCAGCCUGGAACCUACCAAGGUGUUUGAUGGCUGGAUGCGAGUCGAUGUGAGACCCUUCAAGGCAUCUUUGCUGAACACGAUAAAGAAGUGGAGCCUCAUGUAUAAGCAACAUCUUGUUGACUUUGUCACUAACAGCCUGGCUGACCUUGAUGCAUUCAUAACAAGCACCGAAAGUGGUUUGCUCAAGAGGGUGGAGAAAGGAGAUUUCCAAGGAUUGGUUGAGAUCAUGGGACACCUUGUCACCCUUAAAGAGCGGCAGAACAGCACCGAUGACAUGUUUGAACCCCUGAAGCAAACAAUUGAACUGCUGAAGUCCUACGAACAAGAGCUGCCAGAAGCUGUGUUUAAGCAACUGGAGGAACUUCCUGAGAAGUGGAAGAACAUAAAGAAGAUGGCCAUCACGGUGAGGCAGCAGGUGGCCCCUCUGCAGGCAAAUGAAGUGGCCCUCCUCCGCCAGCGGUGCUCAGCCUUUGAUGAAGAGCAGCAGCAAUUCCAGGAGAGGUUCCGCAAAGAAGCUCCCUUCAGGUUUGAUAGUAUCAAUCCACAUCAAAUGCUUGAUGUCUGGCACAUGGAGAUCCAGCACAUGGAAUCCAUCAUGGCAACCAUCUCCAAGUCGGCUGAUUUGUUUGAAGUCAAUGUUCCUGACUACAAGCAGCUGAGGCAGUGCAGGAAGGAGGCCUGCCAGCUAAAGGAGCUCUGGGACACCAUUGGAAUGGUGACCUCCAGUAUCCAUGCCUGGGAGGCCACCAGCUGGAGGAAUAUCAGUGUGGAAGUCCUGGACUCAGAGUGCAAGCAGUUCACCCGGCACAUCCGCAACCUAGAUAAGGAGUUCAGAGCCUGGGAUGCAUUCACGGGCCUGGAAAGCACAGUAUUGAACACUCUGACCUCUCUGAGGGCUGUGGCUGAGCUGCAGAAUCCUGCCAUUCGGGAACGGCACUGGAGGCAGCUGAUGCAGGCCACUGGGGUGAAUUUCACCAUGAGUCAGGAUACCACCCUAGCUCACCUCCUGCAGCUUCAGCUCCACCACUUCGAGGAUGAGGUCCGGGACAUUGUGGACAGAGCUGUCAAAGAGAUGAGUAUGGAGAAGACCUUAAAGGAAUUGCAGACUACAUGGGCCAGCAUGGAAUUCCAGUAUGAGUCCCACGCACGAACCCACAUACCCUUGCUGCAGUCAGACGAGGACCUCAUUGAGGUCUUGGAGGACAACCAAGUGCAACUUCAGAACCUGAUGAUGUCCAAGUACGUUGCUUUCUUCCUGGAAGAGGUGUCAAGCUGGCAGAAGAAGCUGUCCACGGCUGACUCAGUCAUCUCUAUCUGGUUUGAGGUGCAGCGUACCUGGUCUCACCUGGAGAGCAUAUUCAUUGGCUCGGAAGAUAUCCGUGCUCAGCUACCCCAGGACUCUAAGAGAUUUGAAGGCAUUGACUCUGACUUCAGAGAGCUGGCAUAUGAUGCUCAGAAAACCCCAAAUGUGGUGGAAACUACAAAUAAAUCUGGUCUCUAUGAAAAGCUAGAGGAUAUUCAGAGCAGGUUGUGCCUGUGUGAGAAAGCCCUAGCAGAAUAUUUAGACACCAAGAGGCUUGCCUUCCCUCGCUUUUACUUCCUGUCCUCCUCUGACCUGCUGGACAUCCUUUCCAAUGGCACAGCCCCACAAAAGGUUCAACGUCACCUUUCCAAGCUCUUUGACAACAUGGCUAAGAUGCAGUUCCAGUUGGAUGCCAGUCAGAACCCAACCAAGACAAGUCUUGGCAUGUACAGCAAAGAGGAGGAAUAUGUGGCCUUCAGUGAGCCCUGUGACUGCAGUGGGCAGGUUGAAAUAUGGUUGAACCGUGUGCUUCGUCACAUGAAAGCCACUGUGAGGCAUGAGAUGACAGAGGGGGUCACUGCCUAUGAGGAAAAGCCCAGAGAUCAGUGGCUGUUUGAUUACCCUGCUCAGGUGGCUCUGACCUGCACUCAGAUCUGGUGGACGACAGAGGUGGGCAUAGCAUUUGCCAGGCUGGAGGAAGGCUAUGAGAGUGCCAUGAAGGACUAUUAUAAGAAGCAAGUGGCUCAACUCAAAACCCUCAUCACCAUGCUAAUUGGGCAGCUCUCCAAGGGAGACAGGCAGAAGAUCAUGACCAUAUGCACCAUUGAUGUACAUGCUCGGGAUGUGGUAGCCAAGAUGAUUGCUCAAAAGGUUGACAAUGCCCAGGCUUUCCUCUGGCUGUCACAGCUACGUCACCGUUGGGAUGAUGAGGCCAAACACUGCUUUGCUAACAUCUGCGAUGCCCAGUUUCUAUAUUCCUAUGAGUACCUGGGAAAUACACCUCGCCUAGUGAUCACACCUUUGACUGACAGGUGCUAUAUCACUCUCACUCAGUCUCUACACUUGACCAUGAGUGGGGCUCCAGCGGGACCUGCAGGCACAGGCAAGACAGAGACCACCAAGGACCUGGGCAGAGCACUGGGCAUCAUGGUCUAUGUGUUUAACUGCUCUGAGCAGAUGGACUACAAGUCCUGUGGCAACAUCUACAAAGGCCUGGCUCAGACUGGUGCCUGGGGCUGCUUUGAUGAAUUUAACCGAAUCUCUGUGGAAGUCUUGUCAGUGGUGGCUGUCCAGGUGAAAAGCAUCCAGGAUGCAAUCAGAGACAAGAAGCAGAGGUUCAGCUUCCUUGGGGAGGAGAUUAGCCUUGACCCUUCUGUGGGUAUUUUCAUUACCAUGAACCCAGGCUAUGCUGGCCGCACAGAACUGCCAGAGAACCUCAAGGCCCUCUUCAGGCCCUGUGCAAUGGUAGUUCCAGACUUUGAGCUGAUCUGUGAGAUUAUGCUGGUAGCAGAAGGAUUCAUUGAAGCCCGAUUGUUGGCCAGGAAGUUCAUUACCCUUUACCGACUGUGUAAAGAACUUCUCUCCAAACAGGAUCACUAUGACUGGGGACUUCGAGCCAUCAAGUCUGUCCUUGUAGUAGCAGGAUCACUGAAACGGGGAGACCCUGACCGCCCAGAGGACCAAGUUCUGAUGCGCUCUUUGAGAGACUUCAAUAUCCCCAAGAUCGUGACAGAUGACAUGCCCGUGUUUAUGGGUCUGAUCGGUGACCUCUUUCCUGCUCUGGAUGUCCCCCGGAAGAGAGAUCUGAACUUUGAAGCUGUGGUUCGGAAAGCGAUCGUGGACCUUAAGCUCCAGGCUGAGGACAACUUUGUGCUCAAGGUUGUCCAGCUGGAAGAACUGCUAGCUGUGAGGCACUCCGUGUUCGUGGUGGGUGGUGCCGGUACUGGGAAGUCACAGGUACUGAGGUCUUUACACAAGACCUAUCAGAUCAUGAGACGUCGCCCAGUGUGGACUGACCUCAACCCCAAAGCUGUCACAAAUGAUGAACUCUUUGGCAUCAUCAAUCCAGCCACUCGAGAAUGGAAGGACGGACUGUUCUCUUCCAUCAUGAGAGAGCUUGCCAAUAUCUCCCAUGAUGGACCCAAGUGGAUCUUACUGGAUGGUGAUAUAGACCCAAUGUGGAUCGAGUCACUGAACACCGUCAUGGAUGAUAACAAGGUACUGACCCUAGCAAGCAAUGAAAGAAUCCCCCUUAACCCCACAAUGCGUCUCCUUUUCGAGAUCAGCCACCUGCGCACAGCGACACCAGCAACUGUCUCCAGAGCAGGGAUCCUGUACAUAAACCCUGCAGACUUGGGAUGGAACCCUCCAGUAAGCAGCUGGAUUGACCAGAGGGAGGUCCAGACUGAGAGAGCCAACCUGACCAUCUUGUUUGACAAAUACCUUCCUACCUGCUUGGACACCCUCAGAACCAGAUUUAAGAAGAUAAUACCAGUCCCAGAGCAGAGUAUGAUCCAGAUGCUGUGCUACCUCCUUGAGUGCCUCCUGACAAAGGAGGAUAUCCCUGCAGACUGCCCUAAAGAAAUAUACGAACUCUAUUUUGUGUUUGCUGCCAUCUGGGCAUUUGGCAGUGCCAUGGUCCACGAUCAGCUUGUAGACUACCGGGCAGAGUUCAGCAAAUGGUGGCUGACUGAGUUCAAAACAGUCAAGUUUCCUUCCCAUGGAACUGUCUUUGACUACUACAUAGACCCAGAAACCAAGAAAUUUGAGCCCUGGGCCAAGCUCAUCCCCCAGUUUGAAUUUGACCCUGAGAUGCCUUUGCAGGCUUGUUUGGUACACACAAGUGAGACCAUCCGUGUGUGCUACUUCAUGGAGCGUCUCAUGGAAUGGAAACGGCCGGUUAUGCUGGUCGGCUCUGCAGGCUCAGGCAAGUCUGUGCUGGUGGGAGCAAAGCUGUCCAGCCUUAACCCUGAGGAAUACAUGGUGAAGAAUGUGCCCUUCAACUACUAUACUACAUCGGCAAUGCUGCAAGCUGUCCUGGAGAAACCUCUAGAAAAGAAAGCUGGCAGGAAUUAUGGCCCCCCAGGCAACAGGAAACUCAUCUAUUUCAUUGAUGACAUGAACAUGCCGGAGGUGGAUGCCUAUGGGACAGUACAGCCCCACACUGUCAUCAGGCAGCACCUAGACUAUGGCCACUGGUAUGAUCGGAACAAGCUGUCUCUGAAGGAGAUCAUGAAUGUACAGUACAUCUCCUGUAUGAACCCCACUGCAGGCAGCUUUACCAUCAACCCAAGGCUUCAGCGUCACUUCAGCGUAUUUGCCCUCUGCUUCCCAGGGGCUGAUGCCCUCUCUUCCAUCUACAGCACCAUCCUGACCCAUCACCUGAAGCUUGGAAACUUUCCCCCCACCCUGCAGAAAUCCAUCCCUCCUCUGAUCAACUUGGCUGUCACCUUCCACCAGAAAAUUGCCACCACGUUUCUGCCCACAGCAAUAAAGUUUCACUACAUCUUCAAUCUCAGAGAUUUCGCCAAUAUUUUCCAAGGCAUUCUUUUCUCCUCGGUGGAAUGUGUGAAGUCUACACAGGACAUAGUAAAGCUCUAUCUGCAUGAGUCAAAUCGGGUUUAUCGGGAUAAGAUGGUAGAAGAAAAAGAUUUCAGUCUUUUUGACAAAAUCCAAACAGAAUUUCUCAAGAAAAAUUUUGAUGAUAGUGAAGAGAUACUGAAGCAGACCCAAAGCCUGAACAUGUAUUGUCACUUUGCAAAUGGCAUUGGUGAGCCCAAGUACAUGCCUGUGCAAUCAUGGAACCUUCUGAGCCAGACUCUGGUGGAAGCCCUGGAGAGCCACAAUGAAGUGAAUGCCGUGAUGGACCUGGUUCUCUUUGAGGAUGCUAUACGUCACGUCUGUCACAUCAACCGAAUCCUGGAGUCCCCUCGAGGAAAUGCCCUGCUAGUUGGUGUGGGUGGGAGUGGUAAGCAGAGUCUGACAAGGCUGGCAGCUUUUAUCAGUUCCAUGGAUGUGUUCCAAAUCACUCUUCGCAAAGGCUACCAAAUCCCUGACUUCAAGGUGGACCUGGCUAGCCUCUGUCUGAAAGCUGGGGUAAAAAAUCUCAGUACCGUGUUCCUUAUGACUGAUGCCCAUGUGGCUGAUGAGAGGUUCCUGGUGCUCAUCAAUGACCUUCUGGCAUCUGGUGAGAUCCCAGAUCUCUACUCUGAGGAGGAGGAGGAGAACAUCGUAAACAAUGUGAGGAAUGAGGUCAAAAGCCAGGGACUCAUCGACAGCAGAGAGAACUGCUGGAAGUUCUUCAUAGAGAGAGUCCGGCGACAACUUAAGGUGACUCUCUGCUUCUCCCCUGUGGGAAAUAAGCUGAGAAUUCGGAGCAGGAAGUUCCCAGCCAUUGUAAACUGCACUGCUAUCAACUGGUUCCAUGAGUGGCCUCAGGAGGCCCUAGAGUCUGUGAGCCUCCGUUUCUUGCAAAAUACAAAGAACAUUGAGCCUGCAGUGAAGCAGUCGAUUAGCAAGUUCAUGGCCUUCGUCCACAUAAGUGUCAAUAAGACAUCCCAGUUGUACCUGACCAACGAGCAGCGCUACAACUAUACCACUCCCAAGUCCUUUCUGGAGUUCAUCAGACUAUACCAGAGCUUGCUGGAGAGAAAUGGAAAAGAGCUCCAGGCCAAGGUAGAGAGGCUGGAGAACGGGCUGUUGAAGCUGCACAGUACCUCGGCCCAGGUGGAUGAUCUGAAAGCCAAGCUUGCCACCCAGGAAGUGGAGCUGAGGCAGAAGAAUGAAGAUACAGACAAGCUGAUUCAGGUAGUGGGUGUGGAGACCAGCAAAGUGAGCAGAGAGAAAGCUAUUGCAGAUGAAGAGGAACAGAAGGUGGCCCUGAUCAUGCUAGAGGUGCAGCAGAAACAGAAAGACUGUGAGGAGGACCUGGCUAAAGCUGAGCCAGCCCUUACCGCAGCCCAGGCAGCCCUCAACACUCUCAACAAGACCAACCUGACAGAGCUGAAGUCAUUUGGUUCUCCACCUCUGGCUGUCAGCAAUGUCAGUGCUGCAGUGAUGGUACUCAUGGCCCCAGGAGGCAAGGUCCCCAAGGACCGCAGCUGGAAGGCUGCCAAGAUCACCAUGGCCAAAGUGGACAGCUUCCUGGAUUCCCUGAUCCACUUCGACAAGGAGAACAUUCAUGAGAAUUGCCUCAAAGCCAUCAAGCCAUACCUGCAAGAUCCUGCAUUCAACCCAGAGUUUGUGGCCACCAAGUCCUAUGCAGCUGCCGGCCUCUGCUCUUGGGUCAUAAACAUUGUGAGAUUCUACGAGGUCUUCUGUGAUGUGGAACCAAAACGCCAAGCUUUGAACAAAGCCACCUCAGACCUCACAGCUGCCCAGGAGAAGCUGGCGGCCAUCAAAGCCAAGAUUACACACCUUAAUGAAAACCUGGCAAAGCUCACCACCAAGUUUGAGAAAGCAACAGCAGAGAAACUCAAGUGUCAGCAAGAAGCCGAAGUGACCGCAGGCACCAUUUCCCUUGCAAACCGUCUGGUUGGAGGACUUGCUUCUGAAAACAUAAGGUGGGCAGAGGCUGUGCAGAACUUCAGACAGCAGGAAAGAACAUUAUGUGGCGACAUUCUGCUUACUACAGCUUUUAUUUCCUACUUGGGCUUCUUCACCAAAAAGUACCGAAAGAGCCUCAUGGAUGGGACCUGGAAACCCUAUCUGAGCGAACUGAAAGUUCCCAUCUCAGCCACCCCAACCAUGGACCCCCUGAGGAUGCUAACUGAUGAUGCUGAUAUGGCUACCUGGCAGAAUGAGGGCCUCCCUGCUGACCGCAUGUCCAUGGAGAACGCCACCAUCCUCAUCAACUGUGAGCGCUGGCCGCUCAUGGUUGACCCUCAACUGCAAGGCAUUAAAUGGAUCAAAAACAAAUAUGGAGAAGAACUCCGGGUCACCCAGAUUGGCCAAAGGGGCUGCCUUCAGACCAUAGAACGUGCCCUGGAAGCUGGAGAUGUGGUGCUGAUUGAGAACCUUGAGGAAUCCAUAGAUCCUGUCCUGGGACCUCUGCUUGGGAGAGAAGUCAUUAAGAAAGGACGAUUCAUCAAGAUUGGAGACAAGGAGUGUGAAUUCAAUCCCAAGUUCCGGCUCAUCCUUCACACCAAGCUGGCCAACCCUCACUACCAGCCUGAACUGCAGGCUCAGGCCACCCUGAUCAACUUCACAGUGACCAGGGAUGGCCUGGAGGACCAGCUGCUGGCUGCUGUGGUCAGCAUGGAGAGACCAGACCUGGAGCAGCUGAAGUCAGAUCUCACAAAGCAGCAGAACGGUUUCAAAAUCACCCUCAAAACCUUAGAGGACAAUCUGCUGUCUCGCCUCUCUUCAGCCUCGGGGAACUUCCUGGGAGAUACAGCCUUGGUGGAAAACCUGGAGGUCACCAAGAAGACUGCUGCAGAGGUGGAGGAAAAGGCACUCUCAUCAAUGGAGGAAUUCUGCAAUCUGGAUCGAGACAUUGAAGGCUCUGCCAAGAGCUGGAAAAAGUUCGUGGAGUCAGAGUGUCCUGAGAAGGAGAAAUUUCCCCAGGAGUGGAAGAACAAGACAGCCCUGCAGCGCCUCUGCAUGAUGAGAGCCAUGAGGCCUGACCGGAUGACCUAUGCCAUGCGAAAUUUUGUUGAGGAGAAGCUAGGAAGCAAAUACGUGAUGGGAAGAGCACUUGAUUUUGUAACCUCAUUUGAAGAGUCAGGACCAGCCACUCCCAUGUUUUUCAUCCUGUCUCCGGGUGUGGACCCACUGAAGGAUGUGGAGAAUCAAGGAAAGAAACUUGGAUAUACAUUCAACAAUCGGAACUUCCACAACGUGUCCCUAGGGCAAGGACAAGAGGUAGUUGCGGAGGCUGCACUGGACCUGGCUGCUAAGAAGGGUCACUGGGUGAUUCUGCAGAACAUCCAUCUGGUGGCCAAGUGGCUCAGUACCCUGGAGAAGAAACUGGAUGAGCUCAGCGAGGAAAGUCAUCCAGACUUCAGGAUCUUCAUCAGCGCCGAGCCUGCGCCCUCGCCUGAGGGCCACAUCAUUCCCCAGGGCAUUCUGGAAAACUCCAUUAAGAUCACCAAUGAGCCCCCCACAGGCAUGCAUGCCAACUUACACAAAGCCCUGGACAACUUCACUCAGGACACUCUGGAGAUGUGUUCCCGGGAGACGGAGUUCAAGACCAUCCUCUUUGCUUUGUGUUACUUUCAUGCGGUGGUUGCUGAAAGACGGAAGUUUGGGCCGCAGGGAUGGAAUCGGUCCUACCCAUUUAACACUGGGGACCUCACCAUCUCUGUGAAUGUACUAUACAAUUUCCUGGAAGCUAACACAAAGGUACCUUAUGAUGACUUACGUUACCUGUUUGGUGAGAUCAUGUAUGGUGGCCAUAUCACAGAUGACUGGGACAGGAGACUCUGCAGAACCUAUUUAGAGGAAUUUAUUAGGCCAGAAAUGCUAGAAGGAGAGCUGUCCCUGGCCCCAGGGUUCCCACUCCCAGGCAACAUGGACUACAGUGGCUAUCAUCAGUAUAUAGAUGCUGAGCUGCCCCCUGAGUCCCCCUACCUAUAUGGCCUCCACCCAAACGCUGAGAUUGGCUUCCUGACGCAGACAUCAGAAAAGCUCUUCCGAACUGUGCUGGAGAUACAGCCUAGGGACAGCCAGGCUGGAGAUGGAGCUGGCAUUACAAGGGAAGAAAAGGUCAAAGCCUUUCUAGAAGAAAUACUGGAUCGGGUGACAGAUGAAUUUAACAUCCCAGAGCUAAUGGCUAAGGUGGAGGAACGCACCCCCUACAUUGUAGUUGCCCUCCAGGAGUGUGAACGCAUGAACAUCCUUACCAGAGAAAUCCAGCGCUCGCUAAGAGAGCUGCACCUUGGCUUACAGGGGGAGCUGACCAUGACCAGCGAGAUGGAAAACUUACAGAACGCCCUAUACCUAGAUGUGGUCCCCGAGUCCUGGGCCAGGCGAGCCUACCCUUCCACAGCAGGCCUGGCAGCCUGGUUUCUGGACCUGCUUAACAGAAUCAAAGAGCUGGAGGCCUGGACAGGCGACUUCUUGAUGCCCUCAACUGUUUGGCUGACGGGCUUCUUCAAUCCCCAGUCCUUCCUGACCGCCAUCAUGCAGUCCAUGGCCCGCAAGAAUGAAUGGCCACUAGACCAGAUGGCCCUGCAAUGUGAUGUGACAAAGAAGAACAGAGAGGAGUUCCGGAGCCCUCCUCGGGAAGGGGCCUACAUCUAUGGGCUCUUCAUGGAAGGUGCCUGCUGGGACACACAGGCUGGGAUCAUUGCAGAGGCAAAACUGAAGGACCUGACACCCUCCAUGCCUGUGAUGUUCCUCAAGGCCAUUCCAGCAGAUAAGCAAGAUUGCCGAAGUGUCUAUGCUUGUCCUGUGUACAAGACUUGUCAGCGGGGACCCACCUACGUGUGGACUUUCAAUCUUAAGACUAAAGAAAACCCAUCCAAGUGGAUUCUGGCUGGUGUUGCCUUGCUUCUCCAGAUUUAGCAUCUUUAAGAGCCCUCAGGAGAAUAAA